UGAGUUUUUCCGUUGCUGCGCAUGUGCAAAAGUUUUUCCGCGCUCAAGAAAUCGAACUGCUUUGCUUCGCAGUUUUCGUUUCUCGCAUUCUCGUGUCACCUACAAAAUACGCACAGCUGUUCGUGUACAAUAAUACAAGUCAGCAAGGUCAACAGUCGAUCAUAAUUGUGUGAACAAUAUUGUGUGUGAACAAGGUAACGCAUUUAUCACACUUUCGGUUGGUUGAUUAUUUCCAAUCUCCAAAUUUCUUUGGAUUAUCGAAAGCAACAUGAUGGAACCAGUCAAAACGGACACUCAUAAAAUAUAUGGGUUUUUUUCAGCAGACCAAGGACAGAAAACCUUUGCAUGAACUGCAGCCAGCAGCAACUGACAAAGAAAUUUUAGUUGGUGCUGAUAGAAUUCUUCAAUCCACUAAAUCAAAAGAAACAAAAAUAAAACAGCACAUGACAGAAAAUAUAAUAAAAGAUGUUUCUAAAUACAAAAAAGUGACAAAGAAGAACAAAGCUGUCCAAACUGUACCAGAGAAAAAAAUAACAAUUGAAGCAGAAGAUUUAACAUUAGACAAUCCUAGUGAAAACUAUUGGCAAAUUAUAGCUGAAAGAACACAAAUAGCACUUGUAAAUGCUUUAGAGGAAAAUAAAAAACUUGUACAAGAUAUAGAAAAAUUACAGGAGGAAAAUCGCAUUUACAAAGAAAUGCUGGAUGAAACAAAAGUAUUGAUUGAAGUACUACAGGAACAAAUUGAAGAUGAUAGAAACGAUGUAAAUAACUCGUUAGGUGAUAGUUUUUUAAUUUAAAUUAUACUUAUUGAUAAUUAUAGGAGAAAAGAAUAUACUAAUAAUUUUCUGAUGAUUUAUAAAAAAUAUUUACAUAAUAUAAACAAAUGAAAUAUCUGCUGUUUAAUUAUUCAAAAUUUUAAAGUGGCGUAAACAACAUCAUUUUUUUUCUUGUAAUAUAAUUAUCACUUUUUUAUGAAUAUCAUUAAUUGACUAUUUAAAAAAAGUUUGAGAUAUAAAAAUAAUAUAUAAAGAUAGUAUUAAGAUUAUUAAUAUAUGUAAUAUGACAAUAACAAAAUACCAAGAUCUUCUAUUUUGUAAUAUCUGACACAACGAAGAACAGUUUUGUCCGUUACAGUAAAUACAUUUCAAGUGCCAAAU